UCCCUCCUCACUCCCUUCUAAAAACUGAGAGUCACUCUCCAGGAUAAGAAAUCACGCCAAACCCUCAGUCCCCAAGCCAGCUAACUUUCCCAGCAAACAUGGCCUACUUAAGAACAGCGAUGGAUGCGGCGUUCUGGGACUUAAACGUAUCAACUCCGCAGGCCCUUGACGGUGUUGCUAAGGGGGUUCCGGGGGAAGCCGUACCUCUUGAUGGUGCAAGAGCGAGUAAAGUCCUCAGAAUUCAGCAGCUGUCUUUACUGAAAAAUGGGUUUCCUCUGGGCAUCGUUCCAUCUUAUGUUCCUUCGCCUAAUCAUAAGGAACUGGGUGCUUUCGCCCUGCAGUCCCUUGUUGGCAAUUUUUCUGUUGGAGACUGGUGGGUUGGAUUAAUUGGGCAUUUGCGUCCAAAGAAAUUGAUAUCUUCUAUUAAAGCUGAGGUUUCUGCUGCUGAAGAAUGGGAUCUGGCUUUGCUUAAAGAUACUGCAAAGCAUUUCCUGGACAAAUCACUGUAUGCAAUUAACCUAUGCUCGCAGAUACCAUUGACAUACUCGUCAUCCUUACUUCUGAGCAUUGAAAAGCAUGGUGAGAGGAAGAGGCAGUGCACCAAGGCUAUGCUCUUUCACAAGCUUCCAGAUCAUGAUAUUACUUUAGAAGCAGGAUGGCCUGAGCUAUUCAUAGACCAUAAAGGAAAAUACUGGGAAGUUCCUGAAUCUGUAUCCUUGGACUGUUCAUCUGUUGUGUCUGAGUCAGGAUUCCGGUACCGUUUUGGCAUACACAGGAAUAGCGGCACUCCACAGGCUUUUGAUUCCACUAAUGCUGAUGCACCAGUCACUUUAUUGCCUGGCGUAUGUGCGAAAGCUGGCUUUUCUUAUGAAAAGUCGAAGGACUUAUGGAGGCAGAAAGAAACAAAGCAGGAUCUCAUAAUUCACACAGAAAGGGGCGAAUAUUUGCGUCCUGCAUAUGAUAUUAAUAUGAAAGAGCCUCAUGCAGCAAUAUCUGGGAUUAUAGGGGGUACUUGUGCGGCAUGGUUUGGUGGUGGGAAAGGCUUACUAUCUGCUGAUGUGAACGGUUCUUCCGGGGCUAAAGAUAGAGGUCGCUUUGGUGUGGAUUUAUUUGGUUCCGGAUGCUUUACUUUCCAACAUGGUAAAUUCAGAAAGUUAUUUGGAGACCUCACCAGGGUUGAUGUUCGCUUGGAUGUUGCUUCAGCUACAGCUUUAGCCAAAAGCAUGUCGAACCUUUUCAGGAGUUCACAAAGUUACCAAUCACCAAAUUUACCAUCUUCCCCUAGACUAGACUUAAUAUUUCAGCAGCAGGUUGUCGGGCCCAUUGUUCUUCGAGUAGACUCAAAGCUUUCCCUUGAAUCAUCAACUGGGAAACAUGGACCCCAGCUGGAAGAUGUCAUAUACAGCUUGAAUUACUCCCUGAGGCUCCUGCAAUCUGGGAAGGUGGUAGCAUGGUAUUCUCCAAGGAGAAAAGAAGGGAUGAUUGAGCUACGCCUCUUUGAAUUUUAACUUUACUCGUCUUCUUUCGUACAUUUCCGGGAUAUCACUUGCUAGCAGCAUGAGUUGUGCCCCAAGCCGAGUUGGUUAGAAGCUAAUUCAUGGUCAUUUUAUGCCCUGAGGCAGUGAGCAGUUUUUGUAGGAAGCUUUUUGCUGUUGUAAUUUGCUCUUUGAUAGUUAUCAGAAGGCUGUAAAAACGUAUACAUUAAACACAAACACUACGUGCACUCUUAAAUCGGUGGCAUAUUCCUACCUUUCCAUCAUCAUUAA